CGCAGACAGAACGGAGAGCAACACGGGAGCACAACUUCUGAGAGGAGAGAUAACGGAACUAUUUAUAAUUAAGCAGAUUGAACAUUUCUUAGCACAAGUUACUCGCUUCCUCUUGUGCUUGUUUACACAUUCGUCCACCAGCUUUGUCGGACUUUCCCAACCUUUUUUGAUUUCCCUGGGCACUCUGUUGACUUUGACAGUGCCGGUUCGAGGUUCGGAUUAAUUACAUUUACAAAAGAUAUGGUUUACUACAGGGACAGUCAGUCCGAGCGGCCGCCGUUGUCGUGUAUUCUGCCGCAUCUCUACCUUGGUGCAGAGACUGAUGUAACGCAGGAUGGUUUAUCUGACCGAGGGAUCUCAUACGUACUAAGCGUGAGCCGAUGUUGUCCUCAGCCGUCAUUUCUACCCCAAUCCCAGUACCUCCGUAUCCCAAUAGACGACUCCCUUCGGGAUGACCUGCUUCCCUGGAUUCCUCAGGCGUUGCACUUCAUUGAUGGGGCCAUGUCACUUGGCUGCUCAGUCCUGGUCCACUGUGCUGCAGGAAUCUCUCGGUCUCCAGCACUCGCUGUGGCCUAUGUUAUGUAUAGUCUGAAAAUGGAUCUGGACCAUGCAUACAGGUUUGUGAAAGAACGCAGACCUACAAUUUCACCUAACUUCAACUUCCUGGGCCAGCUGCAGCUCUUUCAGGGAACACUAUCUUUGAAGAAUAAUAACAACACAAACCUUCACACUCAGUCGCAGUCAGUCGAACCUUUGGAUAACUGCCUGCAGCCCACCAAUGACAAAAACAAUAGCAGUUCUACAGUGUCGCUGUUAACUAAAUUAAACCUUCAGAGCAACAUGGACAACAACUGUAUAAUUAAUGGGCAUACUGAGGAUUCCAAAGUAAAUGUACACUGUGAGAACAAGAACAACCAAGUGGAAAAUAUUCAGAGCCAAGGCCAACACGAUGAGGUGAUGAAGCCAGAGUUUACCUUAUCUCUUUCAGACAAGCUUGGAGCUCUCAGUCUCCACACAAAUCCUGUAGAGUUACAAAGACCAGUCAGCAUCCCAUCUCAGACACCAAAGCUCAACCCACUUAAGCCUACUUCUCUACAAAUUCCAUCCGGCCGCAUUUCUCUAGCUGAGAAACGCCAAAGCCUUACUCUUUCCCUAACACCACUGAGUGCAGGUCCUCAUACUCACCAGAAGGGGUCAACAGGAAACAGUAAUGAUUUGAAGCAGAGCUCGACAUGCAGUUCUACAGUUAUUCAGAUGGGGGAGUCCGAUGGCCUGGGUAGAGUCAAGAUGGAGAUGCCUGUAGUAGAAACCAGAACAGAACCAAAAGAGGUAAACAGGUUCAGCAGCAAGCAGGCUUCAGCCAGACAAAGCUGCUCAAGAUCACAUAAAAAGAAGAGUAAACUAAACAGAGACAACCCCACCUCCUCUUUUAGCAGAGCAAAUGAGGAGCAACAAACAUCAAAAACAAAAUUAUUAAACAAUUCAAGCACAAGUUCACAGAGACAGAUCCAGGGACCAUGCGGCAUCGCAACUUCCCCACUGGAGCUUUUAGAGAAGGAAGUUAUUGGUGGUGUAGAGGCUGUGGAGGGUAUGGAUGGUGACCAGAGUCCCCUGUCUCCAGUCAGUCUAACAAUCAACAAAAUACUGGACUGGGGAGAACGCAUGCUGCUCGGGGUCUUACUUGGUCCACAUAUUAAAGUGGGACAGGCUGCUUUGCCCUACAGAUGUUGAGGGGGAACUGGUGGUAUGGAUUACUCUAUUUAAAGAUACAGGUGUAAACAAGAACUCUUUUAGCAAGGCAUAAGAAAGGAAGUGUGAUUAUACUUUACUUCCCUAAUGAACAGGAGGGAACUUAAAUGAAGAAGAGGACAUUAUGGACAUAAAAGCAUACUGUAUGUAUAAGUGUGUGAUGAUAGUGCAUGUUCAUUCAAGACUAUUGGACAGACACCGUUUGACAGACUGAUCAGUCAGUGCCUGUUUGCUGCUGACUCAUGUAUAAAUCACUGAAUGUCUGCAGAGAGACAUGCAUUUUGUUCUGUUAUAAUGCACAGCCUGCCCGUGAAUUUAUUUAUUGAAAUAUACUGAUAAUUGUUAUUUAUAAAGGGGUAUUUUGUGGAUGGAAUUUUAACACUAUAGCUUGUACUGAAAACAGUGUUCAUUAAAGACAACUAUUUUACUCUG